AUGAUCCAGUCUUGGAAGCCACCAAGAGAGUACGCUAAUGAGAUAAAUGCAAAGCUCAAAGAUGUUGCAAAGGCAAGAUGCGAAGCUCAAGUAACCUCGUCAACCAGAUUUGAUGAUUCACUAAAUAAUAAUGGUGCGGGAGUCUUUGUUGACAGUUCAAAUGUGACAAAGGUGGUUGGUUUAAAGAGAAAGGAUCCAAAACAUCAUGGUAACACUCGACUGAAAAAGCUCAUUGGAAAAGAUUUCAAGAAGUAA